AAAUGUACAAACAAAUUCGUACAUUUUUUUUUAUUGGCAUCGUCUGUUUGGUAGUUUGUUCGGUUGCAAGUAAUGCAAAUGGUAAUUCUAAAAACAAAUCAAAGCGAAAAGAAAUGAAAAUAGAAACUUUGAAGAAGAUUGAAUGCGCAGACGACAAAUCAGCACAGUUGGGAAGUGUCGUACAUUUUCAUUAUAAGUUGUCUGUAGAAGGCCACCCAGACAUAACAGAGUCUACGUACGAAAAUGGAAACAAUGCUAAAGAUAAAGGCGUUGUACAUAUGUUGACGAAAGGAGUGACAUUGAAGGGGCUAGUUAAAGGCAUCCCUGGUAUGUGUGUGGGAGAAAUAAGAAGACUGACUCUUCCACCACAUAUGGCGUUUGGGUCUAAGGGAAAUGACCGUUUCCCACCGGGAGCCACUGUGAUAUAUGAAAUAGAGUUACUUGACGCAAAGCUAGCUGAUGAAGUUCUACAGAGAUUUACACGUGCAGAUCUCAACGAAGAUGGUGUGUUGGAUGUAACAGAGUUGGAAGCUGUUAUGAGCAUUGCCAUGAAGGAUGGUAAAUUUCCAAUGCCAGAUGACCCAGCAAUAAUGGAAGGAAUGUUGAAUGAACUAUUUCAAUUUGCUGAUAAAAACAAAGAUGGCGGUAUCAGCACAGAUGAAUUUAGGACUAUGCUAAAACUACAAAAUAAUUUAGGUCGUAAGAGAACCAAACCAAAGCAGGAACUGUAGAACAACUUGUCAAUUUAUAUUUAUUUUUGUUACUUUUUAAAAUAAAACAAU